UUUAGAUUGCAAACAAUGAGUAAACUAAAUGUCGUUGCAUGCCUUUCUCUGCUAAUCUGAGCAGUGAUGGCGAAAGAAAGACUCGAAUUCGUGUUUCAAUAUAACAGUGCUGCUGAGAGGACUCCUUUGUACCGAGAUCAGGUCUAUAACAUUACAAAGAAUAAUUAUGGUCAGGAGCCAAAUAUGAUAACGUUAACUGGACUCAGGAAUGCCUUCAAUCAAGGUGAGAAGUUUAGGGAUUAUUACACAAAUGAUCACCCAUACUUCCUUUCACCUCGCUAUGUGCCUUCUGAGUAUUUCAUCAGGACUUUCACUGACAAUCCUGGCAUUAUGAGUGCAUAUGCUUUUAUGCUCGGGGGACAUCCUAGCCAACUUGAUGGGCUUGGCCUGGUCAGGGAAAAAGAUGACUCAGCUCCUCUCAAGGAUAAUCACAUUGAUGAUGCAAGAAGGGCUUUAUAUCUCGAUAGAGCUGAAGCAAAAGCUAUGCCAGCUUAUAUUCACACAGGAAAUGCAGAUGGUUUCUUUUUCAGAGAUAUAAAGAAGAUGUAUCCUGGCUUGCAAGACGAUUUCAACUAUAACCUUAAGCAAGCAGCCUCUGAAUUCGAGACCAAGUACGGUGAAAGACUCUACAAAAGGUUAUCAUUCCUAAUGGGAAGAAAUAUCGAAGAAAUUUCAUUUGAUAGUGUCGCUCAAUUCUUGGAUGAUUACAUUUGCGCAUUUGCUAACGGAAAAGCAACGACUCCAUUUGAUUUUAAUGAGGAUAUGAUGGAUUUGAUAGAAACAUACUAUUACUAUUUGAUUCAUCAUGGCUUGUUAAGAGAUCCUUCCCUCAACAAGGUGAUCUCUCAUCCCUUUUUGUAUUCCUUGUUGAGGGAGAUCCUCUUUAAGGCUCAAGAUUUGACAGAAAUCUCACGAUGGGAAGGACCUUGUGUUACAAGCAAAGUAUCCUUGGCAUUUGGAAAUAGGUUAACAUACCUAGCAGCAUUGAGGACUCUUAAUUUGGAUGAUGAGAUUACUUACAACCCGGGAUGGGGAGAUCAGCUUACCUUUGAACUAUACCAAGAAGCAGGAGAGUGGUUCGUAAAGAUCUAUAAAAACAAUGAGCUCGUGAGAUCCAUCUCAAAAGACGGAAGGAUCCCUCUUGAAGAAUUCAAGCAUUAUGUUUGCUCAAGGCUUUACUACGGAAAUUUAGAUGCAGUCGAAGCUGGCUUUGAAGACUACCAUAAGAAAGCACAGAUUAGAGGAAGCCAAUGCAGGAGUUUGACCAAAGUAGUCCCUCUAUUCGGAUGCUCUCUGAAGAAAGAGUACAAUCAUGACCAAACUGGUAGAGGAGACAUUGGCUGGAUUCAAAACGAACUUAGAGCAAAUGAUAUCUUUAGACAGUAUGGCGGAAGAGCUCCAACUGAUGAUUCUGUGUACUUCAUUAAGGCAAAGCAAAACUCAGGCUAUUCUUACACUUAUAAUUAUGGAGACAACUCUUAUAGUACUAAAUAUGCAAAUACUGGAAAUAAUUUGAUCGUUAACAAUGGAAAUGGAGAGUAUGACACUGGAUAUUAUGGAGGCAGAAAUAUAUCAAGCGGAUACUCUUCCAGUUCUGGAAAUCAACUUGAAUAUAGGGGAAAUAUCUAUGCAGACUCUUAUGGUCCAGCAAAGUCAAGAAGCUUUGAGUCUUACACGAACAACAGAAAUCCUCAAAAAUAUGAUUAUUAUAACAAAAAUCAAGGAAAUUACCUGUCACCAAGAAUAGAUAUGUACAAUUCAAACAACAAUGAGCAGAAUAUGCCAGUAACUGUAGAACAUCAGUCUUCCACCUACAUCAUUGAAGAAGAAUGAGAUUUAAUUUCUCCUACUCCUUCUUGCAAGAAAGAAUACAAUCUAUUCAAAGUGACACCAAUAAUGGUGAAACAGAGACAAAAUGCUGUCCCUCAAGCUAUGAAUACCAAAUCUGCUAUUCCAAUUAACACCCCAACAUACAACACUGAAUACACUUAUAGUAUUGAACAGGUGUCAAGAAGCCAGCCAGUGAUGUAUACACAGCAUAAUUAGAACGUUAACAGCCACACUUUUAAAUAACUCAAUUAACUG